AAUGUGAAUGAGCAGCAGCCCUACAACGUUGCGGCGUGUUUCACACCGUCUGUGUUAGUAACGACAUGGACUGAACAAACUUCACUGGACUGAAACUGAGAGACGGAGACCGCGGGAAACUUCACACAUGAGGAUAUUCACUUCAGCUGGACCACAAACAACGACACUGUUUAACGCAGAAGACAAGUUUAAUGUGCGAACAAACCCAUGGAACUUACAUGUUUGACGCUGAAUGUUUCAGAGCUCUGGAAGAACCAAACCUAUCAAAGCAAAUGAAGUUUUAAAGAGCAGUAACGCUGACGAUACUCCACACAGCGGGCUCUGGUUUUGUUCUUAACCGUUUCAAGCGAUUUAUAAAGUAUGUUUAAGAAUAUUUUAAGCGUUUUGGGGAAUAUUUGUUGCAACUUUCAAGUGGAGGAAAAACCAUAAAGCCAUCGACGGAGUGACACCUCCAGUUUAUCAUCACAGUCAAGUGCCUCAGAAAGGUGGGGUAUGUGUGAUGGUAUGUGAGAGUUUACCAUGGUACAGAAGAAACUCUGGCUUCUGAAUGUCACCAUCGCAGCCGCCCUUUUUUUACUGUGUCCUUCUCUGAGCGCUGAACCGGUGGUCCGGGGAAGGGUCGGGGGUUUUGCUGAGCUGGACUGCAGUCUGACUCCUCCAUCAGACGGGCCCACCACUCCAAAUCUCUUUCCCUUACAUGUGGUGGAGUGGGUCCGGCUGGGAUACAAUGUCCCCAUCCUCAUUAAAUUUGGCGGCUACACCCCACGAGUGCAUCCGAACUACAAAGGUCGUGUGUCAUUGAGCCGUGGCGCUUCUCUUCUGGUGGAUAAGUUGACUCUGGAGGAUGAGGGCUGGUUCGAAUGUCGGAUUCUCCUGCUGGAUAGAACCUCAGAUGAGUUUCAGAACGGCACAUGGAACUUCCUUUCCAUCUCAGCUCCUCCAGUGUUUGUAAAGACUCCUCCUGCCUUUCUGGAGGUCAUGUUGGGUGAAUCGCUCACCCUCCACUGUGAUGCUCAUGGAAACCCCAAGCCCACCAUCAUCUGGAGAAAAGAUGGCAGUGCCGCUGAGAAACAAGAAGCAAUUCAGGUACUCAAUGAAACCUUGUCUUUAACCAAGGUUACCAGGGAGACGGCAGGAAUAUACAAGUGUCACGUAUCCAAUUCAGAAGGGAACCUUACCCACACCACCCAGCUGCAGGUCAAAGGUCCUCCAAUUAUCAUAAUUUCCCCUGAGGACACCACCAUGAAUAUGUCCCAGGAUGCAGUUCUGCAAUGCCAAGCAGAAGCGUAUCCUUCUAACCUCACGUAUGAGUGGUGGAAACAAGACCAAAACGUGUUUCACAUUGAAGUUCUGAAAUCACGGGUAAAAAUCCUAGUGGACGGGACCCUCCUCAUUUCAGGUCUUAUACCUGAGGAUUCUGGGAAUUACACCUGCACACCCACCAAUGGUCUAAUGACCCCUCCCUCUGCGUCUGCCUACCUCAAAGUUAAACAUCCUGCACGAGUGGUUCGGAUGCCCCGUGAGACUUAUCUUCCCGUGGGAAUGGGGGGAAAGAUCAUAUGCCCAGUUCAAGCCGAGCCCCCUGUGCUGUAUGUUAAUUGGACCAAAGAUGGAGCUUCCCUGGACCUGGAGCAGUAUCCAGGAUGGAUGGUCAACUCAGAGGGCUCAGUGUUCAUAACUGCAGCAAAUGAUGAUGCAGUGGGCAUGUAUACCUGUACAGCCUAUAACAGUUAUGGGACCAUGGGCCAAUCAGAACCUACCAAAGUUAUCCUGAAGGAUCCCCCUUCCUUCCGUGUCUCGCCCCGUGCAGAGUACCUACAAGAAGUAGGUAGGGAGCUGGUUAUACCCUGUCAAUCUGAGGGAGACCCCGCCCCUAACAUCACAUGGAUUAAAGUUGGUCCUGCCCCUCGCACUCCGUUUACAGUCCUGUCCAAUGGCUCUCUGGUCCUGCGUCCACUCAGUAAGGACCACCAGGGGGCGUGGGAGUGUCGUGCCACCAACCGUGUGGCCACUGUCAGUGUGGCAACCAUGAUUUUAGUGCUAGGCACAAGUCCCCAUGCUGUUACCUCCGUGUCUGUGGAUCCAGGGAUUAGUCAGGCCAAUGUGUCCUGGGAGCCAGGCUUUGAUGGAGGAUACACUCAGAGAUUUACUGUUUGGAUAAAGCCCACUGUGAGAGGCAAGCAUGAAUGGGCAUCAAUCCCUGUGCCAACAACCAAAACCUCCCUGCUGGUGACGGGUCUGCAAGCUUUCACUAGUUACCAGUUCAGCGUUCUUGCCCAAAACAAGUUGGGCUCUGGCCCAUUCAGUGAGAUUGUCACAAUUACAACACUGGCACCUCCAACAGAAGCUCCUACUAUGGUAACCACCAUUGCAGUGUUGCCCCCUCCCACCUUGCUGUCAGCCAAUCGUACAUCACUAGGUGUUUUGCUGCAAUGGCUGCUACCUCUAGAAGAGUCUCCACCAUUAACUUCCUUUGUACUUCAAGCAAAGCGGGGAAAGGGGGAGUGGGUCACUAUAGACAGAGAGAUUGCUGUCAACGUGACCGAAUUGAUUGUACAGGGACUUGUUAAGGACUCCAACUACGAGUUGCGUCUUCUGUCUCGCAGAGACAAACUGGUUAGUGUGCCCAGUGACUCAGUUGUCAUCUCAACUGAAGGAAUGGAGAUGUAUCCGGCAGCGCCGAGUCUAUUGGCCUUUGUUCCUGAGCCUCUGCUGGCUGGUGUGAUUGGGGGUGUGUGUUUCCUGUUUGUUGCCAUCAUCCUUUCUCUGGUGACAGCCUGCAUUAUGAACAACAGAAGGGGACAGCGGCGAAGGAAAAAGAGAGAUGAUAUACCCUCUGCCUUCCAGAAGAGUUCGUCUCCACAAGCUCACUCGCCUUCUGACAGUCCCGACAGUGUGCUGAAGUUAAAACUGUGCCCUCCUUUAAACUUCUUCCCCAACUCAUCCUCUUCUGAUCGUUCAGACCGUUCCUCCUUUGAAAAAGGCAGCCGCAGUGAGUACCAAGAUCAGAGAAAGCAGCUCCUGUCCUCAUCCUCUCCACCUCCACGCUACACCCUGUGUGAGAGCCACUUUGGCGGAUCUCCCUCACCCACAUCUGCUAUUGAGUCCAUAUCCAGAAGUCCUGAUGGCCGCUUUGUUAUCCAACCCGAUCUAGAAAACUCCACAUCAACCCACAUAAAAAAGAACCUCAAAAAAGAGUUCCCACAAUCGCCUGGUAGAGGGAGUAACAGUGGAUCUUUUAAAGAGUCCAACAAAUCAAAUCCUGUAAGUUCAGAGAGGGAUGAACAGAGAGAGAUGCUGUCAGCAUUGACGGUGGACCCUCCAGACUCAGAGAGACCCCAUCACUCCCCUGGCAGGGUGAAGGCAAUGGCCAGAAACUUCUCCCGUCAUGGCUGUUUCUACUCUGAUGAUGAGCAGGGCUGCUCUGAGACCUUGUUGGAGAAGGCCAGCUUUUAUUCAGACUGCAGUGAAAAGAGGGUAAGUGACUCACUAAAAAAAUACCGGAGUGCCAGUCAUAGGGAGGACAUAUUCCCCAGCUUAACCAGGAGAGCCCGAGCUUUGGAGAGAGAGAGGCUGCUCAACCAGACACGUUACAAGCCCAUCAUUGGAGACAGCCAGCUGACAGAGUCCAGCACUAUGGUAACUCAACUGGAUGGUGAAAGAGAGAGGGACAACUUAAGCAAAUGUUUAAAGCUGGUGAAGGAACGUGAGCAAAUGGAGAGGGAACUAGAACACUAUACGGCCAGCCGAAGGGCACAGGCACAUGAGCAAGAACAGAGGCGGGCCAAGUCUGCAAGUCCCUUAAGAAAAUGGACAGGUGUUGAGUCUGAAGACCCUAUUUGGAAGCCCCAAAACAUCCAUUUACGACAAAAAAACAGACCCAGCAGCCUGGCCCAGCAUGUAUCGGACUAUAGGAGGGGCUGUUAUUUUGGCAACACCAGCAGUCCCAUGGAGAGACUUCCCUCCGCUUCUUCCUCAUACAUCCAGUGGGACAUAAGCCCUGUGACAUCUCCCACUAGCCUGGUGCCAGUGCAGAGCCUUUCCGAAGGGAACACACCUCAUUCACUCUACCCUCACACACGUCAACAAGGCAUUGCCAAUCUAGAAGAUUCACUGGCAACAGAUGUCUCUUGUUCACCAGCCACACAAUAUACCUCUCUCUCACUUUUCUCUCCUACCAGGGACAUACCCCCUCCCAGUAAAACCAGCCUGACUGGGGCACGAGCUAGACACCCGGAAAUUCACCUGGAAGAGGAGCAGGAGCUGCCCAACAGGACUUUAGCUCAGGAAAGUUGGUUGCAAGAAAGAAAAAUGGAAAAAGAGGCUCCAGCAUUUAGAUCAACAUCCCCUGCUCGCUUGAGUCCUCAAUCAUCUGAGCUGCACCAAGAGGUGGCAGGAAGAGAUAGAGAUCCUUGUCCUAACCCACAUUACCUUGAUCCCAGGACUCAAAGUGUUACAGACUCGGAGGAACUAAGGGCUGUUCAAAAAGACAAACUGAGUCGUAAUCCAUCAGGUUGCUCUACAUUGCCCUACGAUCAUCAGAAAGCAGGAGCAAAGGAAAAAGUGAUGGUGGUAGUGAGUGAUGAUUCCAGCUCCAUAUUGCCAUACAAUGAGCUAGAGAAAGAGGGUAUCAGGGCUCGAUCCCGAAAGAGUGACAGAUGUGUCUUCAGUGAAAGCCCUAGUCGAAUAUCACCCCUGACCCUGUUGGAAAAUGAGGCAGAAAGUGAUCAGUCAAAUUUAUCGAGAAUGUCAGAAUUAAUGAAAGCUAAGCUUGCUCCCCAACCAGCCCGGAUGUCCCCACUGCAGACCAGCACUAUCCUGGAAUACCUGAGUCUUCCAGGUUUCAUUGAAAUGAGUGUAGAUGAUCCUGUUGAAGUGACUGAGCCUUCGGAAUCUGUUGAAUCCAGUGUUGAGACAGAAACUAGAACACUGUUAAGAGAUGAGCCUGAUGUUGUACCCAAAAUUUGGGAAAAACAUGAUCAGGAGCACUCUGGGACCAAUAUUAGUCAUCACAAUGGGGCUGUUCAUGACCACAGCACCUGAAUGUACUAGUGGGACACCGUGAACCUGGAAAUAUUCCGAUUUCUAAACCUUGUUCACAAUUACAGGCACGAGAUACACAUGUUAAAUCAGGCACCUCAGACACAAUCAAGAAAGGUUUCUCUCCAUCUAAAGAAAAG